AAAAAAAAAAAAAAAACUUGGCCACCAACAACCCUUAUGCUGUUUAUAAAAAGAUAACUUUCUUGAUCCAUAAUUCAAUAAUAUAUAUAGAGUCAUGUAUCUCUAGCUCAACAUGUUAAUCCUCAGUUGAUCUUUGGUCAGCCUCCUCAUCUUCUCUCUUUCUCCAGAAACUAUGACCAGCCCAAUAAGUUCAGUAGUACUUGGUUUCCUAUUAUGCCUUCUCUGUGUUCUGAAUGACCAGGGAAUAUCGAUAACAGUGGCCGCGGCUAAGACUAAUAGCCGUGUUCACAUUGUGUAUCUGGGAGAGAGGCAGCAUGACAAUCCCAAGUUGAUCACGGAUUCUCAUCAUGAUUUGCUUGCCACCGUAGUUGGAAGUAAGAGCUUGGCCUCGGAAUUGAUGGUAUACAGUUACAGACAUGGUUUCUCUGGAUUUGCAGCCAAGCUUACGGAGGCUCAAGCCCAAGAAUGUGCAGAGUUGCCUGAUGUUGUUCGAGUCAUACCAAAUACUCUAUACAAGCUGCAAACUACUAGGAGUUGGGAUUUUCUUGGCCUCUCUCCUCACUCACCUUCAAGUAAUAUUCUUCCCAGUAGCAACAUGGGUGAUGGAGUUAUCGUAGGUGUCCUUGACACAGGUAUAUGGCCAGAGUCUAAAUCUUUCAAUGAAGAAGGCCUAGGGCCAGUUCCAUCCCACUGGAAGGGUAUCUGUGAAUCUGGUGAAAAAUUUAAUGCCACAUUGCAUUGCAAUAGAAAAAUCAUCGGAGCACGUUGGUUCAACGAUGGAAUACUUGCUGAGUAUGGACAGCCGUUGAACACAUCUGAAAGAACUGAAUUCAUGUCCCCAAGAGAUGCACAUGGACAUGGCACUCACACUGCUAGCACUGCAGCCGGUUCUUUUGUGACUAAUGUUAGUUACAAGGGCCUUGGUCAUGGGACAGUUAGAGGGGGUGCCCCAAAUGCUCGAUUGGCCGUUUACAAGGUUUGCUGGAAUGUGCUUGGCGGUCAAUGCUCAGGAGCUGAUAUGCUCAAAGCUUUUGAUGAAGCCAUACAUGAUGGAGUUGAUGUGUUGUCACUCUCGAUUGGGGGUUCAGUUCCACUCUAUUCGGAUGUGGAUGAACGUGAUGGCAUUGCUACUGGCUCCUUUCAUGCUGUGGCCAGGGGAAUUACUGUUGUUUGUGCAGCUGCAAAUGAUGGACCUUCGGCGCAGACAGUUCAGAACACAUCACCUUGGAUCAUAACUGUUGCAGCAAGCACCACGGAUCGAGCAUUUCCUACUUCCAUAACUUUAGGAAAUAACAAAACUUUCCUGGGUCAAGCUAUGUUUACAGGACUUGAGAUUGGUUUUACAAGCUUGAUAUAUCCGGAGUCUGGAGGGCUUGAACCUACUGCUACAGGUGUCUGUGAAUCCCUCUCACUUAACAAAACCAUGGUAUCUGGAAAGGUGGUUCUAUGCUUCACUUCACUCGGUCGUAGGAGAGCUGUAACAAGUGCUUCAGCUGCUGUGAAAGAAGCUGGCGGUGUUGGCCUAAUCGUAGCAAAGAAUCCAACUGAUGGCUUGUAUCCAUGUAGUGAUGACUUUCCUUGUAUUGAAGUUGACUAUGAGAUAGGCACCCGAAUAGUGUUUUAUAUCCGAUCUACCAGAUAUCCUCUUGUGAAGUUGAACCGUUCUAAAACAAUUGCGGGCAAGCCAAUAUUAGCCAGGGUUGCCUAUUUUUCAUCUCGGGGACCAAACUCCGCAGCACCAGCAAUUCUCAAGCCAGAUAUAGCUGCGCCUGGUGUGAACAUAUUGGCUGCAACUUCUCCACUGGAUUCAUUUGUGGAUGCUGGAUAUGUCAUGCACUCGGGAACAUCGAUGGCAACUCCUCAUGUCUCAGGCAUUGUGGCUCUCCUCAAAGCACUGCAUCCUAAUUGGUCUCCAGCAGCCAUUCGAUCAGCACUAGUCACAAGUGCAUGGAGGAAUGGUCCAUCUGGUUUACCAAUUUUUGCCGAGGGAUCUCCUCAAAAGUUGACCAAUCCUUUCGACUUUGGAGGUGGCAUUGUGCACCCGAAUGCAGCAGCAAACCCGGGUCUUGUAUAUGACAUGGGUGCAGCAGACUACAUACAUUAUCUAUGUGCCAUGGGCUACAACAACUCUGCCAUAUCAAGGCUCACAGGCCAAACCACAACAUGUCCCAUAAUGAGACCUUCUAUUUUGGACAUUAACCUACCUUCCAUAACCAUACCAAGCCUCAGACAUUCCAUUACUGUAACAAGAACUGUCACAAAUGUAGGAGACUCUAAAUCCGUUUAUGAAGCUACAAUUGAUCCUCCAUUGGGAACAAUGGUAUCUGUAAAACCCAAUCCUUUGGUAUUCAACUCCACGGUUCAGAAACUCACUUUCGAGAUUACAAUUUCCACAACCCACCAGAUGAACACAGGGUACUACUUUGGAAGCCUUACAUGGACUGAUAGAGUGCAUGCUGUGAGAAUUCCGUUGUCUGUGAGGACAGAGUUUUUACAACAUUUUGCUGAUGGUCUCUGAAGUGACUAGUGAAAUAUUCCCUAUUACACUUUAA